GUCGCGUGCUUAGUAGGUUUGCCGUUGACUGCAUACACAUUCGGAUAUAUCUAUAUAGUUGAUAUAUAUAUGCAUAUAAAUCAUUUAGAAUUAUCUAGUAUAUAGAGGAAGAGAGGUAUCGUUUUAGAGGUGUAAAUCAUACUAUACAGUCACCAUGGGACAACAGAAGAAGACCGCGAAGGGUCGGUUGGACAAAUACUAUUAUAUGGCCAAAGAACAAGGAUACAGAGCUCGUUCUGCAUUCAAGUUAGUACAGUUAAAUAAGAAAUUCGACUUCCUGAGUCAAUCCAGAUGUGUACUGGAUCUCUGUGCAGCACCCGGGGGUUGGCUGCAAGUGGCAGCCAAAUACUGCCCAACAUCUAGUAUCAUCAUUGGGGUGGAUCGCGUGCCCAUCAAGCCAAUCAGAAAUGUCAUCGGCCUUACUGAAGAUAUCACAACCGAGAAGUGCCGGCAGAAUAUUAAGAAAGAGCUUAAGGGCUGGCAGGUGGAUGCUGUGUUGCACGAUGGUGCUCCCAAUGUUGGUACCGCCUGGGUCCAAGAUGCUUUCUCUCAGGUCGAGUUGGCCCUGAAAUCGCUUCAACUGGCAACCGAAUUCCUCAAACCCGGAGGCUGGUUUGUGUCCAAGGUGUUCAGAUCGGGCGAUUACUUUGCCUUCAUGUGGGUACUGAACCAACUGUUCGAAAAAGUGCACGCCACCAAGCCACCGAGUUCCCGUAAUGUAUCUGCGGAGAUCUUUGUGGUGUGCAAAGGGUACAAGGCACCCGAUAAGAUGGAUCCACGCCUGUUGGACCCGAAGUACGUUUUCGAAAACGUAGAGAACAAGAAGAAGGUGGAUUUGUUUUCCGCGAAGACAAAGAAAGCACAGGCCGCUGGUUACGACGAUAAUAUCACGCAACACACCAAGAAGUGUGCGUCCCAGUUUGUUCACUGCGAGGAUCCGAUGCUGUUUCUGGUGCAGACCUCACAGAUCGCAUUCGACGACCAACAGGAAGACGACGUGCGGUUCAAGAAGCACGUGGCCACAACCCAAGAGGUACACCUGUGCAUGGAAGAUCUGAAGGUCUUGGGCAAAAAGGAUCUGAAGCUUCUGCUCAAAUGGCGCACGCAGAUGCGCAAGGUGUGGAGGGAUGAACACCCCGACGCUCCUGUACCCGGCCAGACUGUGGACAUUACAGAGGACGCGGACGACGCCGACGCCGCGGACGACGAUGGGGUGGAGAUGACCACUGAAGAAGCAGAAACACUCGAGAUAGAAGACAUGAUCGCCGAGGCUAAAGAGAGUGAAAAGCGCGACACUAAGGCUAAACGCCGCAAGACACACCGGCUAGAGGCCAAACAGAAGGAGCGGCUGGCGCUGCACAUGGACCUGCCCGGAGACACAUUCGAUACACAGGAGGACGCGACGCUGUUCGGUAUCAAGACGCUCAAGAACGCGAAGAAUCUGGAGCAGGUGGGUAACAAUGUAACCCUGCCUGAUAUCCUGGGAGAUAGUGAGGAUGACUGGAGUGAUGACUCAGAGGCGAGUGACAGCUACACUGACAACUCGGACUACGAUAGUGAAGACGAGGAGGAAGCCAAGUACAAGCGCAAGCGAGAGGCGGAACUCGAAGAGAUGUUCUUGGACCACAGAGCUCGCCACCUACCGGGUGGUCGUGCGUCGGCUAAGCUGGACGCUAGAGCGGCUCGCAAGGAGAAGAGAAACGGCAAAGAGGAGGAGGUAGUGUUGGGCGAAGAAAUGAACACGGAACAGAUUGUGACAGAGGUGCAGGCUAGAAACCCUUUGUUGGUGGAUAUGGAUGACAGGAGCUCGGAUAUGAAGACGGAGAUGUGGUUCCAGCAGGAUGCCUUUGCGGACAUCCUCAACGAGGGCGAUGACGAGGAGGCGGAGAUCUCCGCGCUUGCCACAGUCGCUGAGAAGACCAGAAAACGUAAACAGGAUGCAGAAAACGUAAACGAACCCGCCGCCGAAGCCGGCACUGCGACAGCGGCUCAGAACAAAAAGCAGAAACUGGCGCGCGAGGCAAAUGGCGGCGACUUCGAAGCCGUAGCGGAGGAGGAAUAUGUAACAGACAGUGAGAGUGACUACGACGAUAGCGAGGAUGAAAACGUAGACGGAGAGCCUACGUAUACGGGUGGGGUGGCGCCAAAGGACUCGCGCGCACUUAACGCCGAGGGAUUGGCUUUAGGAACACUCUUGCUGAACAAGAAGUCGCGUAAUGAGCUGAUUGAUGACUCUUACAAUCGUUACAACCGUGGAGAGGAGCAUCUGCCCAACUGGUUCAUGGACCACGAGAAGAAAUUCCAGACAGGUCCCCAACAACCCAUUCCGAAGGACAUGCUGGCGUACUACAAAGACCGUCUAAAGGAAGUCAACGCUCGACCAAUCAAAAAGGUCGCCGAGGCUCGGGCGCGUAAGAAGAUGAAGUCCGAAAAGAAAACCGACGCCAUCAAGCGCAAGAUGGAGGGAGUGGCCAACUCCGAUAUGGGAGCGGUUCAGAAGGGCAAAGAGUUGGAGAAACUACUGCGUAAGGCUGAUAAGAAAUCGGGUCGCCGAGACGCGCCCCAAAUUAUCGUAGCCAAUAAGACAACCGGAAAAGGUCGCCCGACGGGUGUGAAGGGUAGGUAUAAGGUGCUAGAUAAGCGUAUGAAGAGUGAUCUAAGAGGUGAGAAGAAGGCUGCUGAUAGGAAGGCGGGCAAGAAACCCAAGAAGAAAAGAUAUUAAGUAUGUAUGUGCGAGAUAGGUAUGCAUUGAGGAUUACCGGAGAGAUAAGAUAAGGAGAUAUGUGCAAGACAAUGAAUAUAUUAAAACCAAAAUUAGCAUGUUUUUUUACACCUUAUAAAAACGACAAAAAAACAUGCUAUGUGUACGUUACGG